GAGCCACAUGCGCUACCGUACCUGCCAGGCGCCAUCUGUGCUCAGUUCUCGUUCCUGACUAGUACCGACUUUUCCAGUUCUUAGGACACCAGGCUCCCUGGGAAAGAAGAACACAAACCUCCAAUUUCUCAAGCAAUCUUUGUUUCAGAAAAAUCCCAUUGAGAAAGGUGAGUAAUCGAGGAAGAAAAGGAAUUUGAACUGAGCUUCAUGGCUUCACGCUUGAUCCAUUCCAGACUCUCGCUCUCUAGACUCUAUGCAGUGGGUGGGUCCAAGAAUGGAAGAUUUCUUUCAACGGAGUCUAACAAGGUUGAUGACCCUUUUAAUGUUGAAGAAGCAGAGACUGUACAUGUACCUCCUCCUCCUUCUGAAAAGCUGCUUGUCUUGGGUGGCAAUGGAUUUGUUGGCUCCCAUAUCUGCAGGGAAGCUUUGAAUCGUGGUCUGACUGUUGCCAGCCUCAGCAGGUCUGGCAGGUCAUCUUUACAUGACUCUUGGGCUAAAAAUGUGACAUGGCAUCAAGGAAACCUUCUUUCAUCUGUUUCAUGGAAGGAAGCUCUGAAUGGAGUGACAUCUGUUAUUUCUUGCGUUGGGGGCUUUGGAUCCAAUUCUUAUAUGUAUAAGAUUAAUGGGACUGCAAGCAUUAAUGCAAUCAGAGCUGCUGCAGAGAAAGGUGUGAAAAGAUUUAUUUAUAUCUCUGCUGCUGAUUUUGGCUUGGCAAACUAUUUACUGCAAGGAUAUUACGAGGGAAAGAGAGCUGCUGAGACAGAGUUACUGACCAAAUUUCCUUAUGGAGGAGUGAUUUUGAGGCCUGGCUUCAUUUACGGGACUCGCAGUGUUGGAAGUGUGAAGUUACCUCUAGGUGUUGUUGGUUCUCCACUGGAAAUGGUUCUCCAACUUGCAAAACCACUGAACCAGCUUCCACUUGUUGGCCCGCUGUUCACUCCUCCCAUUAAUGUAACUUCCGUCGCGAAGGUUGCAGUGAGAGCGGCAACUGAUCCUGUUUUUCCCCCAGGCAUUGUAGACAUCUAUGGAAUACAACGCUAUAGCCAGCAAAUGUCAAGAUAGAUUAGUUGAACUUGAAUUUUUCACUGUUUCCUAUCAUUCCAAAGUAUAGAGCUGUUGAUAUCCAAGCGGUUAAAGGUUCAUCUUGGCUGAUUGUAAAUUCUUAUAAAUGGUUGCUGUUGGAGUUGUGAUACAUAAUGAACUAAUCAAGGAAACAUUAGUUCACUGUCUGAUGCAAUAAAAAUUUUCCAGGAAUGCUUGGGACAUUUUA